AUGAGCCUUUCAGAAGAUUCGACAAGCAGUCUCUCCGAGGAAUCGGCAACAGCAAUUCGUCUAUACAUUAAACAGCUUGAAGAUGACCUCCACCAGCAGAUCACUACUGAGGUUAAACGUGUUCUAGAGUCAUAUGAGAUUUUUAGGAGCCAUUGUCAGCAGAGCCUUCUUGCGGGUCUUCCUCCCAAGUACCGGCCGGAAGAGAGACCAGAAGUUGUUGCCAGGAUCAAAGCACAAUUCCCGUGUCACAUCAACAACUUCUUCUACGACAACAUCGCUGGAAUGUCCUGCUCUGCCUUCCAAUACGCGGGGACGAAGCCGACUCCUUUCACGAUGCCACGGGACCUCAUUUCCAUGCGCCGGCCGCCUCAUUCGAAUCGCACUGUCAUUCGGCGGAAAACGGUUGAGGGUCCUCGAUUUGUGACCGUGAAUGCGGUAGAAAGAGCUUACUUGGACAGUUUUGUCUUCUCCUAUACGCUCGAUGGUUCAAAGGCACAUUGGAUUCUGCUUUGUCCAAAGCAGGAUUGCCAGAGUCGCAACUUCUCUCGAGAUCCGAUCGCUAGCGGAGAUGCGAUAGCACACUUCAAGCAGUGUGAGAUCUCGGCUGUCGAAGAAACUACCAUUAUCAGGAGACAUGGGAUGCAAGUUGUGCCGCACAGACUCAAAGCUCGAGACCAGCCUAUCAGCGCUCGGUGGGUAGCAAAGCACAACAAGAACAUAAAAGCAGGCAAUCACCGGUUGACAAAAUGUUCUCGGAAAGCUGACAACAGGGCGAGUUCAGACUCCAUGGAAGACUUGGACACAGACUCUGACUGA